AUGAAAAAAAAACAAAAUAAUUAUACCAAUAUGCAAAAGGGAGAAGAAAAUAAUAUUUCAUUAAAAUUGAAUGACAAUCCAAUUUCAAAACAGUUAAAAUAUAAAAUAGCUCCUGAAUAUUUUUUAUUAAAUAGAAAAGAUGAAAAUGAUAAAUAUUAUAUGCUAAACAAAACAGAUUGCAUUGAAAAUAAAAGACUCUCACUGAAUAUUAAACACACAAAAAUAAUAUUGUGUGAAAACAUAAAAAAUAGGGCCAAUUCUUUAAAUUAUGGAAAUGGUUAUAGUAAUAUUGAUAGACGGGGAAGCAACAAUAUAUCCUAUUUAAUGAAGCACAAUAUUCCUUUAAAAAAUUAUCACAAAAAUAAAGGCGAACAAAAUUGUACUCAUCUACAAAUGAUGAAAAAUAAAAAUAAAGACCAAAUAGAAAAUGAGCUCAAUAAAAACAAUGGUAUUUUCUCUACUUUAUUAAAUAAAAAUAAAAAAUUUAUUUAUAGUGAUAAAAAAAAAAAUCAAAUUUUUUUUCCAAAAAAGAAAAAAGACAAGAAGGAAAAGGAGCAUUAUAAAAGUAAUUUUGCAAAAAAAAACAUUGUAAAUUUAUUGAAAAGGUCUUCAAGAAAACUUCUUGGGUCUAGUGAAAAGAUCAAUAUUCUGAAAUUCUUAUUUUUGAAAAUAAAAAAAAAAAAUUAUCAAAUUAUAAAUAAAAAUGAUGAUUUAUCAAUUAAUUUAAAAAAAGAUAUCUCAACAGAUUCUUAUUCCCAAAAUAAGGAAAAUUCUAUUCCUUUGAAAAAUAAAGAAGACAAAGAUGCUGAAAAAAAAGGAGAAAAUUCAUUUUUAAAAAGUUAUAAUGAACACAAUAAGCGGCAUUCAAAGAACAAGAUAAAAAUUAUUUCUAAUAUUUUAAUAAAUGAUAAUAAUACAAUAAGUUGUAGAGAAAAUUAUAAAAAUACAAAGGAAAUUAUAAGAUCGGUUUCAAAAAUAACUGAAAAGGAUUAUGAAAGUAAAAAAGUAAGUUCUAAAAUUAUGAAAAAUUAUUUUUCACAUAAAGAUAAUAAAAGGAAAGAAUAUUAUGAGUAUGGUAUGUUAUAUGAUGAGAAGGAUGCAGAAAUGAAUAAAAUACCUUUUAAAAGUCGAACACAAAAAAUGCAUAUUAAACCAGAAAAUGUUAUAAGCAUUAAUAAAAUAAAAAAGAAUAAUUCAAAAAAUAAUAUUGAACAAAAUUAUGCUAAAAAUAAUAAUUCAAAUUAUAAUCUAGAUUUGUUAGAAUAUUGCAUAUUAGACAUUAAUAUCAAAAGAGACGAUUUUUUGAAUAAGAAUAAAAGGAAUUUAUCUGAAAUUAUACCAAUUAAAAUAACUAAAAAUUAUAUAAAUUCAUAUAAUGAUAAUAAGGGGAAAAGCUGUGAAUUUGUUAAAAAGGAGAGACGUGGAAAAAGUGAUAACAGUCACUUAAGUAGCAAAAACGAUCAUCACGAUUUUGUAUAUCAUGGAAAUAUAGUUUUAAAAAAAAUCCCCAAAUCAACAAAUGGCGCGAAAAAUGUGCACCUCAAUGAAGAAUAUAAUACACAAUCUCAUAAAAAAUAUAAUAGAAAAAAAGAAUUAAAACUUUUUAAGUACAAACGGAAUAAAGCAAAAAUAAAUAAGCAGGCUAAAAUAUAUAAAACAGAUGAAGUACAUGAAAAUAUAAACAAUAACAAGACUCGUACAAGUUUUAUAGAUGGAGAAAAUGACAAAAAAUGGAAUUACUUCAAUUGGUUAGGAGAGGAAAAAAACGAUAGUAUAAGUCGUAGAAAAUCUAAUAAUUAUAUUGAUUCUUCAGAUUAUAAAAGAAAUGGUAAGGAACUGAAAUAUUGCAAUAAAAAUGGCGCAUUAGAUAAUAUCAUAAAGAACAAAUAUGAAUCUUAUUCAGAUUCCAAUUUUACAUAUGAUAAAAACCAAAUAAGGAGACAGAGAAAAAAUUUAUUUCAAUAUAUAUAUGAAAAAAAUAAAAACAAAAGGGAAAACCAAAAAGGUUUAAACAAAAGUGAAACUCAAUCAGAUAAGGUUAAAAAAAAAAAUAUAUACCCCAUUAGUUUAAGUAUAAAUAAAGAUCUCGAAGGUUCGAUAAGAACAAAAAGUAAUGCAACAAAAGAUGUAAACAAAAAAAAAAAAUUUGAAAAAAACAAUAUGAAAAUACAAAAUUUUAUAACCAAAGAUGAAUUAUUUGAUAUAUGUAUAAAAGAGGAAAAUUAUUUAAAAAAUGAGGAGUCAUAUUUAAAAACAAAAAAUGAAGAAAAAAAGAGCGACAAAGACAUGACGAAAAGCGAUCAUUUUGUAAAAUCACGUAAUUUAAACACCCCAUAUAAAUUUCUAGGUAUAAAUAAUAAAGACAAAUCUGAGAAUAAUAUUAAAAUAACUGAAAAAGGUAUUAAACCUGAUAUACGAAAAGACGAAAUAAUAAUACCAGAAUAUUACAUAUUAUCAAAUACAAGGGAAAUUAAAAAUGAAAAACCCAAUGGAAACAUGAAAAAUAAAUCGAGAUAUGAAAAAAAUGCAGAAAUCGAAAAAUGCACUAAUAAUAUAGACCAAAAAAUAAACAAUAGUGAAGAGUAUAACAAAAAUAUAGAUAGUAUUAUAGCGCAUCUCAGCAGAAACAACUCGAGUGAUAAUAUGAAUAAUGAAACAAAAAAGAUCAGUAUAAUAGAAAAGGACAAACAUAAUGGUUUAAAAUUUUCUGAGAAAAUGCCUGAUUUAUUAAAUGUAUUAAGUAAUGAAAAUAAGUUAAUUACUAAAAUAAAUAGGAAUGGUAUUAACUCAAAUAGCUAUAAUAAUGCAAAAGACGAUAAAAAUUCAAUUUAUGAUGAUCAUGCAUCAUACAUGAAUUGGGAAUUUAACAUUAAUAAUCUGAUUACUAGCGUUUCUAAAGAGGAAUGCGAUGUCAUUGAUGAUUAUAAACAUGAGAAAAGAAACAAGAACUACUUCAAAACAGAUAGUGUAACAAUUAUGGAUAAAUGCAAUGAGAAUGCAAAAAAUACAAAUAAAAGGGAUAGGAGAAAAAAACUUUCGUUUUAUUUUAUGAAAUUUAGAUAUUUUCGAUAUUUAUUUUCGGAAUAUAAAAAAAAGAAAAACAUUGUGAUUCCUAUUAACGAACAUAGAUCAAGCAAAGUUUUUAGAAAAAAAAAAAAAAAGUUUAAAAAGAUUAGUCUAUUAAACUUAUAUGAAAGGAAAAAAAUAUUGCAAACUUGUGCAAAUGAUAGUUGUAUGAAUACACAUAAGGAACAUUGUAAUUUAGGUGAAUUUUUAUUGGGUAAACAAAAGGGAAAAUAUAAAGGAAGAAAAACAGUUGUUCUCGAUUUAGACGAAACACUUAUUCACAGUAGUCUACGAAAUGAUAAAGGGAGUUCUUUUAGAAUUAAUAUUGAACUGGGUAAUGAAAAAUGCUUCAUUUAUGUGAAUAAAAGACCAGGUGUAGACUAUUUCUUUCAAGAGAUAUCGAAGUAUUACGAGAUAGUAAUUUUUACAGCAAGUAUGCCAAAGUAUGCAAAUGCAGUUAUUGAUAAAUUGGAUGUCAAUAGAGUUUGCUCGUAUCGAUUAUUUAGAGAAUCUUGCACACUUUGGAAUAAUAACUAUGUAAAGGACAUACGAUUACUUGGGAGAGAUUUAAAGAAUGUUAUCAUUAUUGAUAAUUCCACCUACGUUCAAAAAUUUUGCGCAGAUAACUGUUUCUUAAUAAAAAGCUGGUUUGAUGAUCCCACGGAUACAGAGCUAUACAAAUUAAUACCCUUUCUAAAAGGAAUAUCAAACAAGAUAUCAAUUAUAAACGAAUUGAAGGCAUAUAAAAAAUUGAAAAAGAAGAAAAGAAAUGUUAUUAAAAAUAUUUAA